AUGAGUCCCGUCUCUGCGCUCACGGUGGUCGUGCUGGUGCAGCUGGAGAGCUGGUCGGGUCACGUGGAAAUGCUGCACACCAACGCCACGGUGACCUCGAACGAGCCGCUGCAAGUGGUGCUGUGGCGGCUGCGCAGCUUUUCCAAGUCGUGCGCCGACCGGCACCGCGUGGCCGUGGCCAACCGCAGCUUGGCCAUCGCGCGCGACAACGGGCCCCUCAUGUUCAAACGGCUCCCUCAGGGGUUCUACUGCUUCUCCGCCAUGAGCCACCGCGGAGCCAAGGUGCUCUCAUCGGUCGCCGUGCUCACAGGUCAGGGGCCUCGCGACCGCUGCUGCGAGCGGGCGCCGGGACAGGGCCUGCUGUGGACCGUGUCGCCGGACGGAACGCUCAGCGCAUCGGUGAGCGUGGACAGCAGCGAGCUGCCGUGCCAGCAGUUCGUGGCACGGCUCCACGAGGGCGCAUGCGUGGGAGACAAACUCGUCGUGCAGUACCAGGUGGUCCGCAAUGUAGCGUUCCACGUGCACGGCCUGAAGCCCGACCUUCGCUACUGCCUCACCGUGGCGGCCGGCUGCUUCAAUUGCCCCAUGACGUGCUCCGCUCUCGAGAGCAAGACUGUGGGCGUGCACGUCGAGCGAACCGCGGACGACGCACUGCUCCGCGGUGAGGGCGCUGCUGUCGCCGCCGACCCCGAGUCGGUGGACCCUGUGCUUGCCGUGCUGGGAGUGGGCAGCGUGCUGUUCUUGCUCGCCUGGUCCUUCCACCUCUACCAGAGGCUGCCCACGAGGACCAAGAGACGACCUCACGUGUCGCCCGUAUAGCACACUGGGCGGCUAUAAAUUGUAUGAAAUAUAUAAAGCUUUCCGCUACUGUGAGUGAAGACUCUGG